CAGCGCCAACACACUCACCCGCACACUCUCCGGCACGCUCGCACCGCCGCAGCACCCGCCGACGCCGCGCCGCGCCGAGCCCGCUUCCGCCUGCUCCGACCCUCUUCUCUCUCUUCUCUUGCCAUGUCCUUCCGCGGCGCUCCUCGCGGCGGCCGCGGCGGCUUCGGCGGUGACCGGGGUGGCCGCGGCGGCGGUCGUGGAGGCUACGGCGGCGGCGGCCGCGGCGGCUACGCCAACGCCGGCCCGCCGGAGCAUGUGCUGCCCAUGGGCAGCUUCGUGCACGCCGUCGAGGGCGAGAUGCUGUGCCAGAGCACCGACGCCAAGGUGGUGCCGUACUUCAACGCACCCAUCUACCUUGCGAACAAGUCGCAGAUCGGCAAGGUCGACGAGAUUCUCGGCCCGAUCAACGAGGUGUACUUCACCAUCAAGAUGGACGCCGGCAUGGUCGCCUCGAGCUUCAAGAAGGACGACGCCGUGUACAUUGCGCCCGACAAGCUGCUGCCCAUCGAGCGCUUCCUGCCGAAGCCGAAGAGCGCAACACGGGGUGCCAAGCGCGGCGGUGCUCGCGGCGGAGCAGCACGGGGCGGACGGGGCGGCUUCGGUGCGCCGCGCGGCCGUGGAGGCUUCGGUGCCGGGCGGGGCGCACCUCGCGGCGGGCGUGGUGGCUUCGGCGACCGCGGCGGGCGCGGCGGCGGUGGGCGAGGUGGCUUUGGCGGUGGCCGGGGUGCCCCGCGGGGCGGCGGUGGCUUCCGUGGUGGACGCGGCGGCUACUAGAGUGCUGCAGGUGUCUCUGUGUCCCGUUUCCGUGCUCUCUGUUCUGCCAUGUAUACUUGAUGCGCCG